AUGUACGAGAAGCUGCAAAAAACACAGGAGCAAGUGUGGCGUAUUGUGGUUCAUGGUGGCAUUGAUGGCUUUAGCCGUCUAAUUGUGUACUUGAACUCUGCCACCAAUAAUAAAGCUGCUACAGUCCUGACAAGCUUUUUAGAAGGUGUCAACCUUUAUGGUGUGCCAUCACGUGUGAGAUCAGAUAAAGGUGGGGAGAAUAUCGAUGUUGCUCGUUUCAUGGUUUCCACCAGAGGAGAGAACAGAAACUCACACAUCACAGGGAAGAGUGUCCAAAAUCAGAGGAUUGAAAGGUUGUGGAGAGAUGUUUAUGCUGGAGUGCUUGAUCUCUUCUACACAAUCUUCACCAACCUUGAGAAUGACGGGCUUCUGAAUCCAGAUGAUGAAGUGCAUCUCUAUGCCCUCCAGCGGUGUUUCUUGCCACAUGUACAGAAACACCUUCAGUACUUUCAGGAUGGCUGGAACCACCACAAGUUGCGGACAGAAGGAAACCAGUCACCAAUACAGCUCUGGUUAUGUCAUCAACUUCAAGAUCCUAUCCAGGUAGAUGCCAUGCAAUAUGGCAUUGACUGGAGAGGGCCAUGUGGUCAUCAUGAACCUGGUGUGGUGAUCCCUGAAGUACAAAUACAACACCAACUUACACAGGAGGAUGUUGAAAGAUUCCCAGACCCAGAUGUCCCCCUUUCUAAUGUGUUGGAGGUGUACAGAGAGACUGUAAUGUUAUUAUAUGAAAUGCUUGAGUAGCAAGACUACACAACUUCAAGGAGUGAGCAUCAGCAAGUUUUGCUUAUGUUGAAAAAAAUUAUAUACAUGCCUGUUUUGACCUAUUAUCAACAUUGUUUAAAUAUUUGAUCCACUAGUUCUUUUCUCAGUCA